GGGAAAUGCGGUUGUCAUAAAAAAUAAAAACAAAAAAAUGUGAAUGUAAACAUACCCAGAAAAAAGCCGGAAAUUCUUCACAAAAAUGAAUCCAAAACAACAAAAGUGUCAUGGAAAAGAAACGUUUGAACGGAUGAAUUUUUUGUAUCAAGCUGGCACGUUGAUGGCCGGUCAGAAUGCCACGCUAUCUUGUUACUAUGGCCAGCUAUGCAAAUCUAUUGCGAAGAAAGCUGUGUUACGGAUGGAGCCGAAUCUUCACCGCACAAUAUGCAAACGUUGUGGCAAUAUUAUGAAACCAUCCACGACAGCCGAAUUGUCCAUAUGUGAUAAAGAUCCAAACAUGUGCCUCAUAGCGUGUAAUGUCUGCGGUUCGGUACGACGAUUUUCAAUAAAUUCCAAAUACAAUCUGUGGUUCGAUGACCCGAAAUCGGUGGCAGAGAAAAUUCGAUAUGAUGAUGAUGGCGGUGAGGGUGAAGCGGACAGAUGAUUUUUUUUUGUAACAGUUGUGAUUUGAUUGCAAGGAAGUUUCGACGACAUGACGAUAUUAUAAAGGGAGAUUUGUUGAAACUUGAUUGCAAUAGUAUUUUGAGCGGAAAUAAAACGAUGAUUCUCAAAUUUCAUACUCAGAAUUUUUAAUUAGUUCCGAUUUGGAUAACAAUAUCAUUUAACAGAAAGGAAAAAAAAUAAUUAGAUUUAAACCGAGAGGUUUGGAUCAAAAUAAGGUCUCACUAUUUGCAGAACCAUGUAGAAACUCUACCUGACCUGAGGGGUGUGGUGGUAAAUGUGUUUUUUUUACUUUUUUUUGUUUUAAAAGCAAGAAAAGAUUGCACGGACUUUAAUGCUUCAAAAACGUUCAUCUAAUCAACAACGGAAAAG